AUGGAAACCCCUCUGGUUUCUGUCCAUCCGUUCCACGUUGACGGCCAGCCAGCAUGGAUGAGCUGGUCGCGGAAUGCACGCACUUUCAUAUAUGAGGAGGAUCGUGGCGCCUACCUGCCAGUGGAGGAAAUUUCCAAGGCCAUCAUUCACAAAAUUGGAUAUAAGGGCUAUGUUUCGAUGGAGAUGUUUUCAAGGACUAUGUCUGAGGAGGGGCAGCACGUUCCUGACGAGCAUGCGACAAGAGGUAUUGCAGCUUGGAAAAAACUGAAGGAGCGACUGCAACUGUGA